UCAUUACUCAGGAAUAGCCUCAAGAAGACACAUUCCUAGGGCAAAGGGAUAUUAGCCAAUCUCAGAAAAAAAGAUAUUUAUAUUGGUCGGAUUGCUGCGAAGGCUCAGUUUUGUGCGACCUUUCGGUGACAUCAGAACAAAACCUGUCGAGAAUUUGUGUGAAAGAAGGCAAAGGAGUAAAGGUGAAAUGAGACUUGACACGAUCUCUACGUUGGUGAUCGGAUCUGUGCUGUUGGUGUUGAUUAUCAGUGAAAUUAAUUGUAACGUACAUGACCUCGAUAGAAAUGAUUUAAGUCAUGACAUAAACGAUCAGCGGGCGAGACCCGCAGGUCGGGGUUUUACCGACAACGCUAAGGAUUUGCUGGCCAGUCCAGCCGGACAGUUGGCAGUUUCGUUUGCGAAGGAAAUGAUCAGUCGAUCCGUUGGAAAUAGUCAGGUUUUAAGCUUGAACCUCUCCAACUUGCUGAUUCUGUUCCUGCUGAAGGCCCUCAUCUUCGCGGCCGGAUUGAUUGGCGCCGGAAAUUGGGGACAAUAUGCUCGCGGAAGAAGCGAAGACGGAACGCUUUUCCAGCCUGGCGAGACGGGCCUAAUGCUGGGCUAUCUAGCAGCUGAAGGCUCAGGCCAGGAAGGCUGCAUGCUGCAAUCUGCAUGUCGAUCUCCACGAACUGCUAACGAGUACGCGAGAGCUGCCCACGCACUGGUGAAGGGAGCGGAAAUAUUCGAUCCGGAGAUUCCGAAAAAUGGGAAAUAUAACCGAAUGUUGCUGCAGCUGGACCGGGCUGUUAUGGAGGGGCUUCAGGGGGCACCAUGUGAAAUGAUUUAUCCUUGUCAUCUGUACUGAUAUAAGGCUUUGUAGUUGAUUAUUCCUUGUAAUUACUGUCAAUAAAUGGUGCGGAAGCGAAGCUUCAACAUGUUGUUCUUA